AAAAUAAAAACAAAAGAAACCCAACUAGAACUAUCUCUUUCCUAUUCCCAACAAAGCUAAAAAGUUUGAUUAUAAAACAUGAUAUCAAUUAGGCAUCCUAGAAAGACAAGGAGUUAACGCACGCCAGGUCCCAACAUGAACAUUUGAACAUAUCUACCACCACCACCUUCACAACUUCAAAUCAUAUUCCUAAGUUGAAGUAAUCAUAAACAAACCAAAAAACAAAAAAAGUAGAGUAAAAAAAAAAAAAGGCAAUGGCAGUUGCAGUGAAAAAAUUGCAGGCUUUAUAGCAUCUCUGUCUUCUUGUCUUCCCCAGCAUCUGCACCUUGUCCCUUUGAUAUCAUUAAAGCCUGCUUACAUUGUUGGCCCACUCUCACAACCCAACAAAAUAAUACUCAAUUUCUUCGCCACCAUUAUAAACAGAUCAAAAUUUGAGAAUUUCAACUUCAAACAUCAAAACCCAGCUGAUUUUUGCCAAAAAAAAUUCUUUUUUGAGUAAUUUCAUCGAACAUGUGGAGGGCAGAAGAAAGUUACAGAGAAUUAAAGCAAGGAGAGGUUGAAGAUAAAGAUUCUAUAGGAAAUGUUUUGUUAUCAGCAGGAACAGCAUUGUUAAUGGCCGCUUGUUUGAAAAAAGCUGUUGUUAUGUUCUUGGUUGAGCAAUGGCGGAUCUGGGUGUUUCUUGUUUUAAACCUUAUCCUUGUUGCAAUUUUCUUCACAUCGAGUCCUGCAAGUUACAGUGAAAACCAAAAUGAAGAGGCAAAGCAGAAGAAGAUUAAGAACAGAGAGUUGAAGGAAGCUGAAAAAACAGAGAUCAAAGAAGAAGAGGAAAUUGAAGAAGAAGAAAUUGAAGAAGAAGAAGAAGAAGAAGAGGAAAUUGGGUUAUCAAAGGAGGAAUUGAAUGAGAGAGUUGAAGCUUUCAUUGUAAUGUUCAAGAAGCAAUUGAUUUCAGAUGCAAGAAAGGGGAGAAAUAGAAGCACUCCAUUUAGUUAUAAUAAUAAUAAUAAUAAUACUCAAUAGCCAAAGCCAGAGCCAAAAAUUCUUUGGUGUGGUUAAAGUGAAAUGAAAUGAUUUUGGGAUGUUCUUGUGUUUGUUUGGUGAGUUUCAAGAGCUUGAAAAAUGUAAUCUUGAACCAUAAUUUUUGGAACAUAUAAUCUUUUUUGUAUAAUUCAAGGUUUUAACAUCACUGUUCUCUCUUGAUCUCUUCUUAUGGCUAUGGGGAGUUUUUUUC